GUACAUCGCAACUAUACUAUGAAAUUAACAGUUGCACUUGUCCAAUAUAACCCAAUAAUAGGGCGGACUCAACAGAACAUCACAAAAGUGAAUCAACUACUUAAAUCAAUUACCACUCCAAUUGAUUUACUUGUUCUUCCUGAACUCGCCAUCACCGGAUACAAUUUCUCAUCACCAGCAGCCAUCUCUCCGUACUUGGAAUCACUAAACAAAUAUGGCCCCUCCUUGAACUUUGCUAGUGAGCUAAGCAAAACACAUAAUUGUUUUACGGUGAUUGGAUACCCUGAAACCAAUGCCGACACUACGUUCAACAGUUGUGCUAUGUUUAACCGCAACGGAGAGUUGAUUCACAAUUAUCAAAAGACGUUUCUUUUUGAAACCGAUGAAGUAUGGGGCGCCAACGAAAACAAGAAUAAAGGGUUUAAGGGAAUAGAAGUAGAUUUCGGCAACAAUCCAGUCAAGGUAAAUUUCGGAAUAUGCAUGGAUUUAAAUCCAUACCAAUUCAAAGCUCCAUUCAACUUGUUGGAAUUCAGCACCAGUUGUUAUAACCAACAUUCACAAUUGAUUAUAUGUCCUAUGGCUUGGUUACUGCCUAAAUCUCCAUCAAUAAACAAGGAAGUAAAGUUAGACCAACGCAUAGAAUUGGCAAAGAAGUUGCAACUUCCUAGUUUGCCUAAUCAAGAGACAAUAAAUUAUUGGAUAUUAAGAUUCUUUCCUUAUUUAUCGCACAAGUAUAGCUAUAUGCCUAAAUGGUUUAGCAAGCCCGUUAAUAUAUUAUGUUGUAAUCGUGUGGGGGUAGAAGAUGAUAUUGUGUAUGGCGGAAGCAGUAGUAUCAUUGAAUUUAAUAACAAUGGAGAAUAUAAUGAUGAAUAUAACCCGAUUAAUAAGAGUGUUAGAGUGUUGCGAUCAUUGGGUGAAGCUGAAGAGGGUGUUUUAAUAAAAGAGAUCGAAUUGUAGAGUAGCGUAGGAGGGGGGUGUUGAAUCCUCAUGAUCACUCUGGCCAAAUUCCGAUGUCGUGUGAUUAAACUAAUAGUAGACAAUUUACAAUUAGUUAGAUUAGUUUUAAUGCAUAAUUAGAUAUCUCCG